AGAUACAAUCCCCAAUUCACAGCCACCCGAUCCAGCUGUCAAAGUCUAGUGAUCAAUUCUAUCCACUCACCGGUUGCGACGCUUGCAAGUCAUGCAACAACGGUUUCUUCUACAAGUGUGACAGGUGUGAACUCUCCAUUGAUGUUAAAUGUGCUCUCCUGCCCACCUCUAUUGUACAUUAAGCUCACAAGCGCUCCCUACGUGAAAGUUGGUGGCCCGAUCAUUGCAAUGCUUGUGGGUACGGUUAUUAUCGCGCAUUCAGAUGUCAUUCUUGCAAAUUCCAGCUAUGCUAUGAUUGUGUUUUGCUCCCUCCAACCGUCGAGCAUAGAUGGGAUAGACAUCCCCUCGUUCUUAGCUAUCCUCCUUUCUUUGACCAUCUCGACGAGUUCCAUUGUGAAUUUUGCGAGAAUGAAAUAAAUACAAGAUGUUGGAUCUAUCAUUGUCAGAAAUGUGAUCAAUCUUUUGAUCCUAGAUGUAUUCAGCAUCCAUAUCGAAAUGUCAAGUUUGGGGGCAUCCUUGAGUUUGAAGAUCACCCACACCCUCUCAAGUUUCUACGCAAUGCAACGAAGCAGGUCACGUGUUGCCGUUGUAAUGAGCUUUCUGAUGAUGAUCCCGUAUUCGAAUGUCAAGAGUGCUACUAUAUGAUUUGCAAAAAAUGUGUGGAAAAAAAAAUGUCAAGUAAUGACAUUGUUACCAAGCGCAUAGUUCGCCGACCGGUAAGAGACUAGCUUAACCAAG